CUGAUUGGUUUGGGGGGAGGUUCUCAAACUCCCGGCGCUCUGCCUGGGAAUCUAACUGUCUAUAAAGGCUGCUGAUCACUCCACAGUUCAGACUGAUUUCCUACACACUGUCAAUAGGAAAAUGGUUAGUCGGUGAGUAACUCCUUUUAUACAUUUUCCUUAGCUUCAACUUUUCCCCCAUACAAGAAUAUAAGUUGAAUUGAGCAUCCGGCUGGUGGCUACAAGAAAAUCUUUGAGACAUGUGAAGAGUUGAAUGAGCCCAUUCCUGCUGUGGUUGUAGGUGUGAUCCCAGAAUGGCUGAGCGGCAGUCUGUUGCGUCUUGGACCCGGCCUGUUUGAGGUGGGGGCUGAGCCUUUCUACCACCUCUUUGAUGGCCAGGCCCUCAUGCACAAGUUUGACCUAAAGAACGGCCAUGUGACAUACUAUCGGAAAUUUGUCAAAACAGAUGCCUAUGUGCGAGCCAUGACAGAGAAAAGAGUGGUCAUCACGGAGUUCGGAACAGCAGCCUACCCAGAUCCUUGCAAAAAUAUAUUCUCAAGGUUUUUCACCUACUUCAAAGGGAUUGAGGUGACAGAUAAUUGCUUAGUGAACGUGUACCCUGUUGGUGAGGAUUUCUAUGCCUGCACAGAAACCAACUACAUCACCAAAGUGGACCCAGACACACUGGAGACUCUGAAAAGGGUGGACCUGUGUGACUACCUCUCGGUCAAUGGCGUGACGGCUCAUCCACACAUUGAAAGUGAUGGAACGGUGUACAACAUUGGGAACUGUUUUGGGAAGAAUAUGUCACUGGCCUACAACAUUGUCAAAAUUCCUCCCACACCAAAAGACAAGUCAGAUCCCAUUGCAAAGUCCAAGGUUCUUGUGCAGCUCCCCAGCAGUGAGAGAUUCAAGCCCUCCUAUGUUCACAGCUUUGGAAUGACAGAGAACUACUUUGUCUUCGUUGAGACUCCAGUGAAGAUAAACCUUCUAAAAUUCUUGACCGCUUGGAGCAUCUGGGGCACAAAUUACAUGGAUUGCUUUGAGUCAAACGAAACCAUGGGCACAUGGUUCCAUCUGGCUACAAAGGACCCAGCUGAAUACAUAGAGCAUAAAUUCAGGACUUCUGCCUUCAAUCUCUUCCAUCACAUCAACAGCUAUGAGGACGAUGGCUUCAUCAUUGUUGACCUGUGUACUUGGAAAGGCCAUGAGUUUGUCUACAACUACCUAUAUCUGGCCAACCUGCGGGAGAACUGGGAGGAAGUGAAGAAAGCUGCUAUGAGGGCACCUCAGCCAGAGGUCCGGCGAUACGUUCUGCCCAUGGACGUCCACAAGGAGGAACAGGGGAAGAAUCUGAUAUCCCUUCCGUACACCACAGCCACUGCAGUGAUGCGCAGCGAUGGAACCAUCUGGCUGGAGCCUGAGGUUCUGUUUUCUGGACCACGACAAGCUUUUGAGUUCCCUCAGAUCAACUACAGUAAGUUCUCUGGGAAGAACUACAGCUAUGCCUAUGGACUGGGCCUGAACCACUUCAUCCCUGACAGGAUCUGCAAACUGAACGUGAAGACUAAGGAUACGUGGGUGUGGCAGGAGCCAGACUCUUACCCCUCAGAGCCCAUCUUUGUGCAGACCCCAGAUUCUGUGGAGGAAGAUGACGGGGUGUUGUUGAGCAUCGUGGUGAACCCUGGAGCAGACCAGAGGCCAGGGUAUCUCCUCAUCCUCAAUGCUAGAGACCUGACAGAGAUCGCACGGGCUGAGGUGGAGGUCAUCAUCCCUGUCACCUUCCAUGGAAUGUACAAGCCUUAGGACUACAUUCUCAAACACAUCUACAAUACCACUCCACAGGAGAAAGGGAUAAUAAUAAUACUAAAACCUUUGUUGGGAAUGUAAAAAAAAUAUAUAUAUAUAUAUAUCACUGAUGUAACCUGUUUGUGGCUUAGUUUCAAAAUCAAUGUUGUGAUAUGCACUGUACAAAAGUAUGUGGACAGCCCUUCAAAUUUGUGGAUUUGGCUGUUUCAGCCACAUCCGUUGCUGAAAGGUAUAUAAAAUCGCACACACAGCCAUGCAAUCUCCAAAGACAAACAUUGGCAGAAUGGCCUUACUGAAGAGCUGAGUGACUUUCAAUGGGGCAUCCUACCAUCAUAGGAUGCCACCUUUCCAACAAGUCAGUCAAAUAUCUGCCCUGUUAUGAGCUGCCCCGGUGAACUGCUGUUAUUGUGAAGUGGAAAUGUCUAGGAGCAACAACGGCUCAGCCGUGAAGUGGUAGGUUACACAAGCUCACGGAAUGGGACUGCCUAAAUGCGUAAAAAUCACCUCUUGCAACAUUCACUACCGAGUUCCAAACACCCUCUGGAAGCAACGUCAGCACAAGAACUGCAUUCUCUGGAGUCAUGAAUCACGCCUCCCCAUCUGGCAGUCCGAUGGACGAAUCUGGGUUUGGAGGAUGCCAGGAGAACUCUAUACCUGCCCCAAUGCAUAGUUUGGUGGAGGAGGAAUAAUGGUCGGUGGUUAUUUUUCAUGGUUUGGGCUAGUUCCCCUUAGUUACAGCAUAAAAUUACAUUCUAGAUGAUUCUGUGCUUCCAACUUUGACAGGCCCUUUCCCGUUUCAGUAUGACAACACCCCUGUGCACGAAGCGAGGUCCAUACAGAAAUGGUUUGUCAAGAUCGGUGUGGAAGAACUUGCCUGGCCUGCACAGAGCCCUGACCUCAACCCCAUUGAAGACCUUUGGGAUGAAUUG